AUGGAGGAGGUUGACAUGACGAGGAGAAGGCCGGGAGACGACGUGGGGCACGGUGGUUGGUGCCUCCGCCGCCUACGCCUGCUGCCUCGGUCAAACCCAAACAGGUCUCCUGCGGCGUCUGCAUGCAACGGCAGGCAGGCAGGAUAUCCUCAGUGGCAUGGACAAAAAGGAGAAAAAUGGAGACCAACAAUACCUGCUGCUGUAUUGUUGGGGAUCGCUGAUCGCCCAAGAAAACGGUCAUCCUCGAGGUCGCUCGAAUCCAAGUUUUCCCCAAGGCCAUGCAAAAAGAUCAACUUCGCAGGAGGAACCCUGGCUUCGGGAGCGAACCCUAGCCUUCAGCUCCCGAGGUUGGGCCCGAAGCUGUGGCAGUGUUCGGAUGGUGCGGUGAACGCGACCGAAGCUCGGGUGAGCCUCGGGGACGAGGCCAAGCUUGCCAGGAGACCCGAAGCUGGGCGAGUCACAGAGUUUGAGGCACAACAUGUAUCUUGGGCUACUGAGCUCAUGCACGACUUGCCACAGUGUCAUGGGCAUUUCAUCGAACUCCUCCAGUGCGUCUCGAUGCCCCCGUCAAGAUUGUCGUCGACGUCGCCCUCGGUCGUCCACCCCGAGGCACCCCAGGCUUUUGGCAGCAAGGAGCACCUCCCAUUCCAGGAUCCUCGACGCGGCCGCCUGGACCUGCUCCCACUCAUCCGCAUCGCUGACGCCCAGGUCCCGGCCCCAGCCCCCACCUCUGGUGGUUGGCCUGGUCCUCAACUGCAGUCAGUCCAAGCAGGGCGGCAGCCCCACAUCCCCCUUGGCGCGCCGGGCAAGGACGAGGCCAGCCGACUCGCGUCGCACCCAAGCAAGCCAAGAGGCGACUAG